GUCCAACAUAAGCAGUGCGUAUUUAUAACGCGGUAAGAUCUCUCCCUGGUCCGUUUCCAAAAUCCCAACAGAGAAGAAAAAUGGCGAGUGGCGGUGCUGCUGCAGGUGGCGGUGGAAAGGUGUCGUUCAAAGUGACGCUCACCUCCGAUCCGAAGCUCCCAUUCAAAGUAUUUAGCGUACCGGAAGCAGCCCCUUUCACGGCCGUUCUCAAAUUCGCUGCCGAGGAAUUCAAAGUUCCUCCCCAAACCAGCGCGAUCAUUACCAACGAUGGAGUAGGAAUCAAUCCUCAGCAAAGUGCAGCUGCCUCGUGUCCCAUCUCCAUUUUCCGGUUGCCAUUUUCAGCGUUAUAAUUUGAAAGAGAAGUAUGCCACUGCUAGUAACCGCUGGCAUUAUGAGCAAGGCGCUAAUCAUUUAGCAUUAACCUUGUCCAUCUUCACCAGAUAACACUAACAAGUGAUAAGAUUUCUGUUUAGGAUAUUAUCACUAUAUCAUAAAUGCAUUAACAAUGCAUGAAUGCUAUUGCCUCCCUUUUCAUUUGCUAGCUCCAGGCGAUAUGAAGUAUCUGUUGAUGAUGAUAUAAUUUUAGUAGUGAUUUGUGCACUACGCCGCACUGUUUUUAAGUAUUUUGAUAUUUGUUUCACGUGACUUUGACGUGCUAGGCAAUGUCUUCCUUAAACAUGGUUCUGAACUGCGCCUGAUCCCGCGUGACAGGGUUGGAGCUUCUGAAUGUUGAAAAUAUGAUCAUCAUCAGACUGAAAAACUGGUUAAUCUUUGUGCUUACUCUGGAUCUUAUUUUCUUCUAUACCAUUCUAUAACUUUUAAUUAGUGUAACUGGUAUCAUAAUCAAUAUGAAUUGAGAUGGAAGGUAGCUGCAAUGCAUGGUCUUUCAAGUUAAUCAUAAUAGAAAGGUCUCUUUGCCCUUUUUCUUA